UCAUGCGACUCACCAAGCGGGCAAAUGGGAUCUCAAACCUGCGUCUAUAAAUAGCGAGCAUCGAGCAUCAAGAAAGAGCCGUGAAAGGAGGUGCGAACGAGGGCCUUCGAAUCCAGAGCUAGGGUUUCACUUGUCUCCUUUGUUAAGAUCUGAGAACAUGGCUGAAAUUGAUACCUUCCUUUUCACCUCUGAGUCUGUGAACGAGGGGCACCCUGACAAGCUUUGCGACCAGAUCUCUGAUGCCGUGCUUGAUGCUUGCCUUGCUCAGGACCCCGACAGCAAGGUCGCUUGUGAAACCUGCACUAAGACAAACAUGGUCAUGGUCUUUGGUGAGAUCACCACCAAGGCCAAUGUUGAUUAUGAGAAGAUAGUCCGUGAUACAUGCCGUGGCAUCGGCUUUAUCUCUGAUGAUGUUGGUCUUGAUGCUGACCACUGCAAGGUGUUGGUUAACAUCGAGCAACAAUCUCCUGAUAUUGCCCAGGGUGUCCAUGGCCAUUUCACCAAGCGCCCUGAGGACAUUGGUGCUGGUGACCAGGGACACAUGUUUGGGUAUGCAACUGAUGAGACCCCAGAGCUUAUGCCUCUUAGCCAUGUUCUUGCCACCAAGCUAGGUGCUCGCCUUACUGAAGUCCGCAAGAAUGGGACAUGCUCCUGGCUGAGGCCUGACGGCAAGACUCAGGUCACUGUUGAAUACCGCAAAGAAAAUGGCGCCAUGGUCCCCAUCCGGGUGCACACUGUCCUCAUCUCCACUCAACAUGAUGAGACCGUUACCAAUGAUGAGAUCGCCGCAGACCUUAAGGAGCAUGUUAUUAAGCCUGUGAUCCCUGAGCAAUACCUGGAUGAGAAGACCAUCUUCCACCUUAACCCAUCUGGCCGUUUUGUCAUUGGGGGCCCUCAUGGUGAUGCUGGCCUCACUGGCCGCAAGAUCAUCAUUGACACAUAUGGUGGUUGGGGUGCACAUGGAGGUGGUGCUUUCUCUGGUAAGGAUCCGACCAAGGUGGACCGCAGUGGUGCCUACAUUGUGAGGCAGGCUGCCAAAAGCAUUGUUGCCAAUGGUCUUGCUCGUCGGUGCAUUGUCCAGGUGUCUUACGCAAUUGGUGUGCCAGAGCCACUCUCAGUGUUUGUGGACACCUACGGCACUGGCAAGAUUCCCGACAAGGAGAUCCUCAAGAUCGUGAAGGAGAAUUUCGACUUCAGACCAGGGAUGAUCACCAUCAACCUUGACCUGAAGAGAGGUGGCAAUGGCAGGUUCCUUAAGACAGCAGCCUACGGCCACUUUGGCAGGGAUGAUCUCGACUUCACCUGGGAGGUGGUCAAACCUCUCAAGUGGGAGAAGCCGGCGGCAUAGAUCUCCUCCUGUAGGUGACGAAGAUCUGCAUUGUUUAACUGUUGCUUUGCUGCUGCUGCUGCUGCUGCUGUUAUCAUCAUCAUCAUCAUCCUCAUCAUCAUCAUCCAAGUAUUGAGUCUUACUUACUAGAGUAAUUUGUCUAUCUAUUUUUCUUAUUCUGGUUGUUGUGUUUCCAGUUUAUGUUCUGUUCUCAAUUUGAUUCGGCCCUAAAGGAAUGUAAGGAUUUUGAAAUUAUUUUUUUUUUGUUUGAAGAAAUGAUGCAAGUAACUUUAGAGAAGGGAAGGGACAACAAAUAGAGCCUCUCUAAAGCCCUUUAUAUUUGAGGCUAUAUGUGAUGUCUCUCCUUUUUCUCUCUUAUCUUCUCCAGUCCAUUGUGGUUA